GCGCUCCCCACUCUGUGCGUGUGAGUGAGUGUGACUGUGUGUGUGCGCGCGCGCGCGCGCGUGUGUAUGUGUGUGUGUGUGUGUGUGUGUGUGUGUGUGUGUGUAUGUGUGUGGGUGCGCGCGCGCGCGCGAGCUCUGCCUUCCUCACCUUUUCGGAAAGCUGCUCUUCCCGCGACGAACCUUCGGCAGCUGAACGGCAGGAAUUCACCGCGAAUAAAAGCCGUUCUGACUGACUCACAGCACAGAGGAGCCGUUUCCCUCCACAAGCCGGGCUUUCUCUUUGGUUUAUUUUAUUUUUUUAAAUUAUACACACACACAUAUAUAUACACACGUCUUUUUCUUUUGCUGUUUGUUUAUUUAACCACAGUUGCCGAAGAGGACAGGGUGCCGUUAGCUGGCCGGUGCCGGUGCCGGUGCCGGUGUUGUCCCUCCUCUCACCGCCACCGGGCUUCCACUUGUCCGCAUCUUUCUGUUGACUUUGAGAAGACCGGGAAGUCAGAAGUGAGUGAGACUUUACGCGGAGAGAGUUCAACACACACACAGAGAAAAGAGAGAGAGAGAGAGAGAGAGCGGGGUUACCGCUCACGCCGCGGGUCCGUCUCCCCUCACACUGGCGUUAGCUGAGCAUGCACCGCCGCCUCGCAGCUCUUCACACCGGAGCAGCUCCUUCUGCCUCCUCUGUCCGCUCCGACACACACUUCUGAAACUCAGCCACAGGUAAGAGUCCGUGUGUGGCCUUUAUCCCCGUGUGAGCGGCGUGUUCACCCGGUUUAUAUGUGGCUCCGAGUUCGGCUUGAGCGCAAACUUUUCAGUUUCAAAGUGAGCGAGCGCUGUUUCCUUCUCACACACACACACACACACUCACACACACACACGCGCGCGCGCGCUGUUUAGAAGUUUGGGUCACACAGCACAAACUAACCGUUAGUGUAAAUAAUAAUAAUAAUAAUAAUAAUAAUAGCGUGUGUGUUUAGUAGUUAAGCUGUGUGAGGAAGAGGAGGAGGAGGAAGAGGAGGUAAAAUGGUGGAGAAGCGGGUAGUGAGGUGGCUAAUUGAGAAACGGCUGAUCAAAACAGCAGCAGAUGUGGAUGGAGCGGCUCCGUCUCGCGCUCCUGAUGACAGGACGAAUGGAAACUAUUAGCGCGUGCGGCGCGUGCGCGUGGACCCUCUGGAGCCGCUGAUCUGGGAAGGUGCAGACCCUGAAGAUGAGCGUCUUUGGGAUGAUUUCUCACGUGUCGUUGUGACUCCAGUGACUUUCGAGCAAGCAUGAGGAGAGUGCCCAAGCCGAGCACAAUGGCCUGUUCAGUGUGGAGUCUCCCAAGCCUCCGUUGCCUGAUGUUCGCUUUGGCUGCUCUACAGUGCACUGAAGGCUUCAGUCGGGCAGCACUGCCGUUUGGUUUAGUCAGGCGGGAGCUGUCCUGCGAGGGCUACCCAAUUGACCUGCGCUGUCCAGGAAGUGAUGUCAUCAUGAUUGAGAGCGCUAAUUACGGGCGCACGGAUGACAAGAUCUGCGAUGCCGACCCCUUCCAAAUGGAAAAUAUCAACUGCUACCUCCCUGAUGCCUACAAGAUAAUGUCCCAAAGGUGCAAUAAUCGAACCCAGUGUAUUGUCAUUACGGGAUUGGAUGUCUUCCCUGACCCUUGCCCAGGAACUUACAAAUACCUUGAGGUCCAGUAUGAAUGUGUCCCUUAUAAAGUGGAGCAAAAAGUUUUUGUUUGUCCUGGAACUCUGAAAGCUGUCGGAGAUCCUUCCUUUCUGUACGAGGCGGAGCAGCAAGCUGGUGCCUGGUGCAAAGACCCUCUUCAAGCAGGGGACAAAGUUUAUUUCAUGCCCUGGACGCCGUACCGCACCGACACACUGAUCGAGUACUCGUCGCUUGACGAUUUUCAGAACUCCAGACAAACCGUAACAUACAAACUUCCCCAUCGAGUGGACGGCACCGGAUUCGUGGUGUACGACGGCGCUGUGUUCUUUAACAAGGAGAGAACACGCAACAUUGUGAAGUUUGACUUGCGCACACGAAUCAAGAGCGGCGAGGCCAUCAUCAACAACGCCAACUACCAUGACACGUCGCCAUACAAGUGGGGCGGCAAGACGGACAUCGACCUGGCUGUGGACGAGAACGGCUUGUGGGUGAUUUAUGCCACUGAGCAGAACAACGGCAUGAUGGUGCUGAGCCAGCUGAACCCAUACACACUGCGCUUCGAAGCGACGUGGGAAACGACAUACGACAAGCGCUCAGCCUCUAACGCCUUUAUGAUCUGUGGUGUGCUCUACGUGGUCCGGUCCACAUACGAGGACAAUGAGAGUGAAGUGAGCAAAGGCGUCAUCGAUUACAUGUACAACACUAAGCAGGGCCGUGGUGAGUACGUGGACAUUCACUUCCCCAACCAGUACCAGUACAUCGCCGCCGUGGAGUACAACCCCAGGGACAACCAGCUCUACGUGUGGAAUAACUUUUACGUUCUGCGCUACAACUUGGCCUUUGGACCACCCGAUCCAGCUCACGCCCCGCCUAUCUCAGAUGCCACCUCAGUGCCAGCACCACCCCGAAUGACUACCACCACAAUGACAACAACAACAGCACAGCAUAGAGGCCUAACAACAACCAUAAACACUACAGGGACCAGGGUCGGCAACAAGCCCCCUAAACCCCCAGUGGCUCCGUCCCGAACUACCACGCCUCCGUCCCUGGAGUCGUUCCCUUUGCCCAAGCGCUUCUGUGACAGUGUAGAGCGAAGGGACAUCCUGUGGCCUCAGACACAGAGGGGCAUGCUUGUGGAACGACCAUGUCCCAAAGGAACUAGAGGCACUGCCUCCUACCUGUGUGUCCUCUCCACUGGGGCCUGGCACCCAAAAGGCCCUGAUCUAAGCAACUGCACCUCUCACUGGGUCAAUCAAGUGGCUCAGAAGAUCCGGAGUGGGGAGAAUGCGGCCAACCUGGCCAACGAGCUAGCUAAGCACACCAAAGGGCCCAUCUUCCCCGGCGACAUCAGCUCCACCAUGAGGCUCAUGGAACAGCUGGUGGACAUCCUGGAUGCCCAACUACAGGAGCUGAGGCCAAGCGAAAAGGAUUCUACCGGACGGAGCUUCAACAAGGUUCAAAAGCGAGAAAGGACAUGCAGGGCAUAUAUGAAGGCGAUUGUCGAUACCGUGGACAACCUGCUUCGGCCAGAAGCACUGAAGUCUUGGAGAGGCAUGAAUAUCACAGAGCAGACUCAUGCUGCCACCAUGUUACUGGACACUCUCGAGGAAGGAGCCUUCGUCCUUGCUGACAAUCUGAUGGAACCAGCAAUAGUGAAAGUGCCAGCUAGCAAUAUAAUCCUGGAUGUGUAUGUGCUGAGCACAGAUGGCCAGGUGCAGGACUUCAAGUUUCCCCAGAGCAGCAAGGGGGGUAUAUCUAUCCAGCUGACAGCCAAUACAGUUAAACUAAACAGUCGGAAUGGUGUUGCCAAGUUGGUGUUCGCUCUGUACAAAAACCUGGGCCAGUUCCUGAGCACUGAGAAUGCAACAAUCAAACUGGGCAGUGAGAUGAAUGGCCACAACCUCACCGUGGCCGUAAACUCAGAUGUCAUUGCUGCCUCAAUCAACAAGGAAUCCAGUCGAGUCUAUAUAACUGAGCCAGUGAUUUUUACCCUGGAACACAUUGAUAUGCAACACUAUUUCAACUCAAACUGCUCCUUUUGGAAUUACUCAGAAAGGAGCAUGAUGGGAUACUGGUCCACUCAAGGCUGCAAGCUUGUUAAGUCCAACAAAACCCACACAACCUGCUCGUGCAGCCAUCUAACAAAUUUCGCCGUCCUUAUGGCUCAUCAGGAAAUACUGGGCCCAGGCAGAGAGCACAAGCUGCUGCUGACGGUCAUCACUCGCGUGGGCAUUGUGGUCUCACUCGUCUGCUUGGCCAUGUGCAUCUUCACAUUCUGCUUCUUCCGUGGCCUGCAGAGUGACAGAAACACCAUCCACAAGAACCUUUGCAUUAACCUCUUCAUUGCCGAACUCCUCUUCCUAAUUGGCCGCAGUGUGACAGAACACAGGAUUGGUUGUGCGAUCAUUGCUGGGAUCCUGCAUUAUUUCUUCUUGUCUUCUUUCGCUUGGAUGUGUUUGGAGGGAGUUCAUCUCUAUCUUAUGCUCGUGGACAUCUUUGAGAGUGAAUAUUCACGGAAGAAAUAUUACUACGUUUCGGGCUACCUGUUUCCCGCCAUUAUCGUGGGCGUGUCUGCGGCUGUGGAUUAUGGGAGUUAUGGAACAGAAAAAGCAUGCUGGCUGAGAUUGGACAACCACUUUAUUUGGAGUUUUAUUGGACCUGUUACUUUCAUCAUCAUGCUUAAUCUCAUCUUCCUGGUCAUCACAAUAUACAAAAUGGUGAAGCACUCUACUUCAUUGAAACCAGACUCCAGCAGGUUGGAAAAUAUAAAGUCCUGGGUUCUAGGAGCGUUUGCUUUGCUAUGUCUUCUGGGUCUUACCUGGACCUUCGGUUUGUUAUUCAUCAAUAGCGAGUCCGUCGUGUUGGCCUAUCUCUUUACCAUUUUCAACACCUUCCAGGGCAUGUUCAUCUUCAUCUUCCACUGUCUGCUUCAGAAAAAAGUUCGUCGAGAGUACAGCAAAUGCCUUCGCCACACAUCUUGUUGCAGCAGCUUGCCAAGUGAGAGCUCCCACAGUUCCACAAAGACAGCAACAACAAGGACAAGUGCUCGCUACUCCUCUGGCACUCAGAGUCGAAUCAGAAGAAUGUGGAAUGACACUGUAAGAAAGCAAUCUGAAUCCUCCUUUAUCUCAGGGGACAUCAACAGCACAUCAACCCUCAACCAAGGAAUGACGGCCAAUUAUCUACUAACAAACCCUCUUCUACGACCCCAAGGCACUAACAACCCGUACAAUACCUUACUGGCCGAAACGGUCGUAUGUAACACUCCUACGGCUCCUGUCUUUAAUUCUCCAGCGACCUACAGAGAGACAAGACACUCAAUGAACAAUGCCAGGGAUACAAGUGCAAUGGAUACUCUACCGCUAAAUGGUAACUUCAAUAAUAGCUACUCGCUUCGGAACGGGGACUACGGUAAUGGUGGCAUCGGCCUAGAUGAAGCCGCCUUCGAGAAGAUGAUUAUCUCAGACCUGGUGCACAGCAACCUGAGGACAUGUGCCAAAAGACAGCGGCAAGAGCCUCAUAUCUCCACUAGAAAUGCAGCCGGGGGAGGGACCAGUAGCAAAGAUGAAGCCACUGUAGCCGAAACUACAUCCUUGGUGCCCGUGGACAGCGAGAGCAGCCAUUUACUGGUGGGGAGUCUGAGCUUGCACCAUCAGCACCACCUGGAUGCCCCUCUCAUCCCCCAGCGGACUCACUCGCUCCUGUAUUACACUCAGGAGAGAGUGAGAACCGAGCCCACAGCUACAAAACACAGUCUGCAGCCACCCACUACGGACUCCCUGUACUCCAGAGAGCUGAACCUGAGAGACUCGCCCUUAACCGAGAGCGGCCUCCAGACAGAGCAGCUCUCGCCCUCCAAACACAGCGAGGACGAGGAUGCCUACUACAAGAGCAUGCCCGAUUUAGGGGCCGGCCAACAGCUGCACACCUACUAUCAGAUGAGCAGGGGAAGCAGUGACGGUUAUAUAAUCCCCAUCCCCCAAUCCCCUAAAGAGGAGUGUGAGCCAGAGGUGGACGUACGGGAAGGACAGAUGCAGCUCAUCACGAGCCUUUAAUAUGUUCUUUUUUUUUUCGCAAAAACAAUCAGCACCAGUUGCCACAAGGACACUGGGUACUAGGGGAGGGUUUAGAACAAGGUUCAUACUUCAUCUCGCUUCGUCUUUCACUACUUUCCCCUCAGAAACAUAGCUCUUCACUGUUUCGCUGACAUCCCCAAAGAUGUGUAGACCAGUAUGGCUGCAUUGCAGUGUGAUUCCGCUUGUCUAAAUCAGCGCUGAUUUGACUGUAAAAACAAUCAGAUGUGGGAUUUGAUGGACAAGUCUUAGCGCUGCCGAUGUUGACUGACUCAGAACUAUGGAAUGAUUUCACAUAAAAAAAGAGAAAAAAAAAAAUAUACCAAAUAAUAGUAUUUCCUGUUUCAGCUCGUACAAUGUUUGUCAGAGGUUGUACAUAGGGUCACAUAAUUCAAAUCCAGUUUUGUAUUAUAUACAAAAAUGGAGUUUCCAGCACGUAAGCAGAGAUGUGUACUAAGAUUAUUGCUAAUGGGACUGUUUAUUUAGGAAAUUUAGUAGUCUGGAUCUACGGCCCCAUUUUUACAAUGAAGAUCAGAUUGUGCUGUAUAACCACUAGCAAUCAACCCCAGGCCUUAUCUUUUCGUGGUUGUACAGUAAAACCAUCAAGGAUAAUGGCAUAAAAAUAUAUAUUUUGUUGUAUUUCAGGUGCAUAAUAAGAAGGCGACCUUAAUUAUAAUAAGGAAACAUUUUAAUUAAGACUUUAAUUAAGACGUGUCUAUCCAGAAGUGACUAUUGUGUGGGAAAAAAAAUUGCACAUGUUAUAAGAAAAUGAUUUGUUCUUACAGUUUAUUCAUCAUGGUGUGUUUGGAGGAGGAUUAAGAUGAAAUGAAUGGACACAGAGCUUAGAGAGGUUGCUGACAUCAAAUUCUGUCUUGUUCAGGAAAAUGAGAUUGCUGCACCAAAGCUUUGGGCUUUAGGAGGAAAUUAGGAUUUUUCUUGCCUUUGUUUAAAAGAUUCUCAGAGAAUCUGUACAGGCAUGAAAGUCACUCAAGUCCACAGCCAAACACGAGGCUUUCCAGACACAUUCUUCUAAAUAGAUUUCCGAUAUUUAUUUAUUAAAUUAUUCUCAGUGAUACUUUUGAACUCUUUUGUGAAUACAUUACAGCACUGGUUCAUUCUUUGCAUUAACAUGUUAGUAAGGAGCCCCAUACAAAUAAUGUAAAGUUCAACACUUGUUUAACAAUAAAUAAAUGUGAAUUUUUGGCUAUUA